GAGUAGGUAGUAGGUAGUAGGUAGGAGUAGGUCCUAAGAGUAGGUUACAGUCAGUGAUAGCGUUAUACGUGACUAUGAUCGUAUGCGAGAUACGAUCGUCUAUAUAAAUCAAACGAUUUUAGAUCUCCACUUCUAAAAAUUAGUAAAUUGUCUAACACAUAACAGAAACAAUAGAUUUCGAUUGUGUGGGGAAAUACGAUUACAUAUUAACCUAUUGACAUUUUUAAGAGACAGCGAGAGGAAAUUAUAAGAAAGAAUUAUAAGUAAUGGGUGAUGGAUGCAAAAUAUCAAAACUUCCUCAUCAUAUACAACAGAAGCUUUGUAAUACAAGACCUCCUUAUAGACAAGGGAAAAGGUUAACAUCCGUGAAGGUUUAUACAAUAAAUGAUGAAUCAAAACAUAUUAUGAUAUGUGGAGUACCAAAGCUUCAAUUAGGAGAAGAGGUAAAGAAGCUUUUUGAGCCAUAUGGAGAUAUAAAAAAGAUUCAUGUAGUAACCGACUAUCCCACAGAAGAAUUUACAGAAGCUUAUUACAUGCAAUAUGCACGUAUACAGAGUGCAAGAAUAGCAAAACGGUUUAUUGAUGGUAAAAAUUUUUAUGGAGGCUCGUUACACGUAUUUUAUGUACCUGAAGUGGAAACUGUAGCUGAAACUAAAGCUAAGCUUGCUCAACGUAGUAGAGAAGUAACUAUACGCAUAAAGAGAAAUCAAAAAGAUGCAUUGAAUCCCAACACAGAUAAAUUUGUUCCUGAGGAGCAAUAUCAUAGAAAGAAGAGGACACCAGCAUUACCAUUAACGGAAGAACGUUUAAUUAAACAUUAUCCUGGUGAAACAUUAACUUCUAUUUAUAAUGGUAUUCCACAAAACAUAGAUCCAAGACCUGUAUCUGAACCUAGUUUACCUUCAACAUCAAGCAGUUAUCAAGACAAUCAAUUUACAUCUGACAUACCACAAGCUCCGUAUAAUAUAAAUGAAGCUAUCAUUCAAGCAACAACAAGCAAUGAAAAGUUGUCAAAGUUUGAUAGUGUAAAAAAUAAGAAGAGGAAUUACAAAGGAAAGCCUAUUGAUUGUAAUAUAAAAAACAAAGUAGUAAGACCCUCAAUUGUCAACACAAGCACUAUAAUAAAUUGGGACUCCUCUGACAAAAAGGUUUUCAGUAAUCCCAAAAAAGUCGACAGCAACAUAACAAUUAAAUUGAUUUCGAAAGAUGAUAAUAAUAAGAAGAGGAUUGUAAUAAAAGAUCCUAAUGUCUCCAAAUUGGUACAACCAAGCAAAAAACUUCAACUUUCCAUACAAGAAGCCAAAUCCAGGAUACGAGUGGCAAUGCAAGCAAAAGAAUCUGAUAUUUUGUUAGUAGCAUAAGAUAAUAGUAAUAAUAAUAAGUCAAUUUGUUAUAAAAUUUA